ACACACACACACACACACACACACACACACACAAUAUAAAUAAGACCACUAGACAGAGCCGUCACAGCCAGGUUAGUAAGGAAGCAGAACGCCGUAAAAAUGAAGCCGACAAUCCUGAGGCUCUUAUGUUUAGCGCUGCCGCUGUUUUUCCUGUCGCACGUGCCCGCGCAGGGAGCUACCAACUCCAGCUGCUCCGCUGAGUCCAUGCUGAAGGAAACGCUGGAUUGCAUAUCGAAAAAAAACUUGACAGAUCAGGAGAUUGCCUCAGUGAUGGACUCCUUGAAAACAGCUACCAGUGUACUGGAGAAACGCCAUAAAACAGUGUGUGCAGAGGCCCCUCCCAAAAGUUGCCGCACCCCCAUGGCUCACAGUAAAGGAGGCCUGGUGUGUGCCACCGUGGGAGACGCACGCUACUGCAAGCCCAUGUGCAACGAGGGGCAUGACUUCGCAUUCCUCAGGAGGAGCCGGCUGUUUGAGGAGUGCAAAGCAGGGAACCAGUCCAGCUGGUCCACACAAUACAUCGGAGGGAACAGACUGGCUGUCUGUGACAGGGCCACCGUUCAAAUUUCUGGAGCCAAGACCGCCUACUUUCCCAAGGGCCAGGACUGCCUGAAAACCAAGAGUCAGGGCAACUUGGAGAAAGAAGUCACUCAGACCUUUUUGUCAGAGCUCCAGAGCAGUGGCAUCCAGGGGCACCCGAGGCACGUGUGUCUGGUCUGUGGAUGAGCACGCCGCCGUACAGACCCCAGCUGCUGUAGCCGGGAGAGCGGCUAACUCACAGAGGGACUUCCCCAGUGCCACGCCUCUUAUCUUAACAAUGGGCUUGUGUUCUUCACUCAUUUCUACAUUAAAAUACCUCUACUGCA